ACCCCAUCCAUUCUUCCACGCGCGCGUCCUCCCCCCCCCCCUUGCGAUGUCACAGCCGUCGUCGCUGUCAGCGGGCGGGGGAAACGGAUCAGCCAAUCCAGGCGCAGCGUCUGACGUCACAACGGCUAUGGUGGCUGCACAGUGACACGUCUCGCUGCGUAGCUGGAGCGGAGCUGGGCGGGGCGGCCUUCAUUGUCGCCGGAUCCCGGAUGCUGGCUCGGCUCGCGCGAGCGAGCGCGGUGUGGACCGGCCCCGUGCGUGCCCCGGCGGCGGGGGCAGGGCGGCGUGGAUGAGCGGCCAUGGCGGGGCAGCAAUUCCAGUACGACGACAGCGGCAACACCUUCUUCUACUUCCUCACCAGCUUCGUGGGGCUCAUCGUCAUCCCCGCCACCUACUACCUGUGGCCCCGGGACCAGCACGCCGAGCAAAUUCGAUUAAAAAAUAUAAGAAAAGUAUAUGGAAGAUGUCUGUGGUAUCGUUUGCGGUUAUUAAAACCACAACAAAACAUAAUUCCUACAAUAAAGAAAGCAAUUCUUCUUGCUGGAUGGGCGCUGUUUCUGUUUCUUGCAUACAAAGUUUCCAAAACAGACAGAGAAUAUCAAGAAUACAACCCUUAUGAAGUCUUACAUUUGGACCCAGGAGCAACUGUAAUGGAAAUUAGAAAACAGUACCGUGCACUGUCACUAAAAUACCAUCCAGAUAAAGGAGGAGAUGAAGUUAUGUUCAUGAGGAUUGCCAAGGCUUAUGCAGCUUUAACUGAUGAAGAAUCUCGAAAAAAUUGGGAAGAAUUUGGCAACCCAGAUGGGCCACAAGCUACGAGCUUUGGUAUUGCAUUGCCAGCUUGGAUUGUGGAUCAGAAAAAUUCUCUCUUGGUUUUGCUGGUAUAUGGACUAGCAUUUAUGGUUAUUCUUCCAGUUGUUGUGGGUUCUUGGUGGUACCGAUCAAUACGCUACAGUGGAGAUCAGAUUCUCAUCCGCACAACUCAAAUCUAUACAUAUUUUGUUUAUAAAACGCGAAAUAUGGAUCUGAAACGGCUUAUAAUGGUUUUAGCAGGAGCCUCUGAAUUUGACCCUCAGUAUAACAAAGAUGCUACAAGCAGACCAACAGAUAACAUUCAGAUACCUCAGCUAAUCAGAGAACUUGGUAGCAUUAAUUUAAAGAAGAAUGAGCCUCCGCUUACCUGCCCUUACAGCUUGAAGGCCAGAGUUCUCUUACUGGCUCAUCUUGCCAGGAUGAAAAUUCCUGAGACGCUUGAAGAAGAUCAGCAAUUUAUCCUGAAAAAGUGUCCUGCUUUACUUCAAGAAAUGAUAAACGUAAUCUGCCAGUUAAUAAUAAUGGCGCGUAGCCGUGAAGAAAGGGAGUUCCGUGCUCCAUCAUUGGGAUCUUUGGAAAACUGUAUGAAGCUUUCCCAGAUGGCUGUCCAAGGGCUUCAGCAGUUCAAGUCUCCCCUUCUGCAGCUCCCUCACAUUGAAGAGGACAAUCUUAGGCGAGUUUCCAAUCAUAAAAAGUUCAAAAUCAAAAGUAUCCAAGACAUGGUGAGUUUGAAAGGAACUGAUCGCCGCAACUUACUGCACUUCCUUGAAGAUGAAAAAUAUGAUGAAGUUAUGGCUGUAUUAGGUAGUUUUCCACAUAUCACCAUAGAUAUAAAGCCACAAGUUUUGGAUGAUGAAGACAGCAACAAUAUUACAGUGGGAUCGCUAGUCACUGUUUUGGUCACAUUAACAAGGCAAACAAUGGCAGAAGUGUUUGAAAAGGAACAGUCCACCUGCGCAGCAGAAGAGCAACCUACAGAGGAUGGGCAAGGAGAUGCCAACAAAGUUAAGAACAAAGGAUGGCAGCAAAAGAAUAAAGGAACCAAGAAGGCUUCAAAAUCAAAGAAAAAGAAACCUUUGAAAAAGAAACCUGCUCCUCCUCCAUUGCAGCAGUCAAAGCAGCAGAAGCAAAAGCAAGCUAAUGGGGAAGUUGUAAUAAGGGAGGAAGAUGAAGAACUUUCUGAUAAAGGAAGUGAGUCUGAUGAAGAAGAAACUAACAGGGACUCUCAAAGUGAAAGAGAUGAUGGAAGUGAAAGAGACUCUGACAGAGAACAAGAUGAGAAACAAAACAAAGAUGAUGAAGCUGAGUGGCAAGAAUUACAGCAAAGUAUACAGCGAAAGGAGCGGGCCCUUCUGGAAACCAAAUCAAAGAUAACACAUCCUGUUUACAGUCUUUACUUUCCCGAGGAAAAACAAGAAUGGUGGUGGCUGUAUAUUGCCGAUCGGAAGGAUCAGACAUUAGUAUCUAUGCCAUAUCAUGUUUGUACGCUAAAAGAUAGAGAAGAGGUAGAACUGAAAUUUCCUGCACCAGGCAAACCUGGAAACUACCAGUACAUGGUUUAUUUAAGAUCGGAUUCGUUUAUGGGUUUGGACCAGGUUAAACCAUUGAAGCUGGAAGUUCAUGAAGCUAAACCAGUGCCAGAAAAUCAUCCACAAUGGGAUACAGCAAUAGAGGGUGAUGAGGACCAGGAAGACAGCGAGGGCUUUGAAGAUAGCUUUGAGGAAGAAGAGGAGGAGGAAGAUGAUGAUUAAACAGUACUAUUAAUUAACUACAACAUUUGCACACGCUGCAAACUUUUGGUCUGACUAUGGAACUGUACAAUAAACAAGAAACACCGUGCAAAAACAUUGAGAAGGCUGAGUUUAGUUUCUCUCUUUACCAAGUGUUGAAUGCAUUAUGUAACUUCUCAGUGAAGGUCAAACAAAUGUGUUAUGACUGGUACAACGUGGAAGAUGUUUAUGGCUUGUUACAGCCAUUAAGUGCAGGAUGGUGAAUUUAUUUCAAUUGAAAAUAAAAUCUUUUUUAUUAUAAAUGUC